AUGUGGCUCCUGGGCACCGCGCGCGCGAACCUCGUCUUCUUUCCCCAACCUGAAGACGUUCCUGGCGGCUAUGCCAUCCUCUCGCACACCUGGGGAGAGGAGGAAGACACGUUUCAAAAGGUUAAAAACCUGAACAUUCGGUCAUUCCUUGAGUUCGCCGAAAAUCACGGGUACAAGUACGCAUGGAUCGACACUUGCUGUAUCAACAAGGAGAGCAGUGCCGAGCUCUCAGAAGGCAUCAAUUCCAUGUUCCGUUACUACGCCCUCUCCGCCAUCUGCUACGUCUACCUCAGCGAUGUCAAAUCCUCAGACACUCAUCCAUUCGACAUGUGGAUCGCCUUCCGACGAAGUCGCUGGCACACCCGGGGGUGGACUCUCCAAGAGCUUAUCGCGUCCCGCUUUGUCAUGUUCUACUCCAACGAGUGGAUCUGUCUGGGGACCAAGUACGAGCUCGCCGAGCGCCUAGAAGAAGCAACUGGAAUCUCCGCGGCAGUCCUCCGCUUCGAGAGUUCGUUUACCGACGCUACAAUUGCGACGCGCAUAUCCUGGGCGGCGCAUCGGAAGACCACGAGGCCCGAAGACGCUGCCUAUAGCCUCUUCGGGCUUUUCGGGGUUAACAUGCCGACGCUCUACGGCGAAGGCCGGAACGCAUUCUGCCGGCUCCUCAUGGAGAUCUCGAAGACCUCGCGCGAUCCUUCGAUUCUUCUCUUGGGAACACGGUGGUAUGCGAACAACUUGGGAGAAAUCCAAUCGGCCCUCCGACAGAAUAUUCCCCGGAACCGAACCUGUCGUCAUCUUCUCCCCCUUCAGCCUUUUCCGAAUUCUCGUUCUUUUGGCUUUAGUCCUGUGCUAUACGACCCAGGCACAUGCUCCCAGAGAGAACGAGUUGAGGUACGCUGGUAUGGAUGCCUUUCUACGCUGUACUACAUUGACGACCAUUGUAGUACGACUCGAAUGCAAACGCGGCGACCGUAG